AUGGUGAAUGGGCAGACACAGCAGGCAUCUGAGAUCCCUCCAUGCAGAGAAAUCCUCGUGAAAAGUCCCGCGGACGGACCCAAGGAAUGGACCAUGAUCGAGAUGCAAGGCAUGCUCCAGGCCAGAGAUUCCUCGGACAGCCUUGACGGAUUGGACAUUGGGAACCUGCAGAUGAAAAAAGGAGACAAGAAUGUAUCUCUGACAGUAGGAAACCAAAGGCUGGAAGGCAAAAUCGUCGACCUGAGCAGCCCUCUCGCAGUAAUGCUCAAGAGAAAGUCAGAGCCCUUGCAAGGCGGCCAAUCGGCUACGGAAUACAGCAUAGCCGGAAUCAUCAAGAAGAAGAUUGUUUUUAAUCACCGCCCUACAGUCAUCACAACCCAUUACGUCUCGCCGAUGAAGGAUCUAGGCUCACAGCUCGAGUGA